CGGAUUCUGCUUUUGUGUCAGUUUCAUUGUGGGUGUAUCCGUUCGCCUGUGCUCUCUUUGCUUGUUUUUGUUAUGUCGACAUUGGGGACACUGAGUUACUACGCUGACUCACACAUUCCACACGAGAAUGACGAUCAUUUGGCACCGAGGUUCUCAUCUGGACCCGUGGUCCAGCAGCAGGCUCUGGAACUGACGCUACUUGAAUAUGGCGAACAUGAUCAAUACACUUUCCAAGCCAAAUCAUCAAUUUUUGGCGCGUCAUGGAGUCCCGUGCCCAUGCAGCCCCCAGGCACAUCUAUCGCCUACCACCCGUACAUUCAUCACCCAUGCUCAACAGGAGAAACCGAUGGAGCAUCCGUGCGUUCCUGGGCGUUAGAACCGCUGCCUGCCCUGCCUUUCACGGGAUUACCCACAGAUACACACCAUGAUAUAAAACUUGAACCACUGGUUGGGAGUGGUGAGUGCACCACGCAUACAUUGCUUGUGGCCGAGACUGACAACAAUACGACACAAGCAGAGAGGAAGAUAACAGACGAUGCGCUUUCCAACGGAUCACAGGACGAGAAAGCUCCAGCAGCGACAAAGGUGGAUCUAGACCCAAAUAACCCUGCGUCCAACUGGCUGCAUGCGAAGUCCACUAGGAAAAAGCGCUGUCCAUACACUAAGCAUCAAACUCUUGAGCUGGAGAAAGAAUUUCUGUUUAAUAUGUACCUCUCACGCGACCGUAGAUACGAAGUGGCAAGACUCCUAAAUCUCACCGAGAGACAAGUCAAAAUUUGGUUCCAAAACCGUAGGAUGAAGAUGAAGAAAUGCAAUAAAGAUCGUCCAAACGACAUUUAAAAGAGGAAAGCUAUAAAUGCGCACUGCAGUGGAUGAAGUUAUUUGGUUCGUGCGAAGGUGUUUGUGAAUUAGCCUGUCUUUUUCCUCAUGCACAACCACAGUAGAUUAUUAUUGAUAGCCUACAUUUUGUAAUGUUAGAUGUACAUUGCACAAACCUUUGAUCUGGGUAUGCUUGUAUAUAUCAUUGUGUCUUUGUAUACAGCUCGUUGGUGAUAGUUCUCUUGUUUGGCUUGCUUGUUGUAAGUCUAGCAUUUCGCAUUCUGUACAUUUUAAAUAUGUUAAAAAUUUUAUUUUUAAAAGUUUUUAAAGCACCAGUUCAUGAUUUCAGGGAAAUGUGUUCUGCGAUGUUGAAAUGCUGAUGAUAUGCAUGAAUUUAUUUUAAUUAAAAAAUGACCUGUAGCGUAAUGUAUCAAUGUUUAAUGUGACUACCUAGAUGUAUUUGAACUACCUAUGUAUUAAGAAUAAUUUAUGUU